ACAAAUUGCCAUUAACUGUAAAGAGAAGCGAUGAAAAGAAAUAAAGUUCUGUUUUGUUACAUUUAGUUGGAAAGAGCCGUCCUCCGGAAGGAAGAAGCAGCAAGUUUUCUCUGCCUUCUCCUUUCACUGUGCCUCAGCCUCAGGCAACCUCAGCCAUCCAUGAGUGCCAGCAACUCUUCUGCCUACCGAUCGGAGCGGAGUUUCCAUCAGACGUCGUCCUCGUCUUCCUCCAGUAAUCCAUACGUGGAGAAGAGUCACGGGAUGUUUUCCGAGGACUUUGGCCCCUUCAUGAGGCCCGGGGGCAACACCUUGGGCUUUUCCAGUGGAAGUGGGAAGAUCAAAGCACUCGGGGAUUCGUACCAGUUCACAGUGGACGUUCAAGACUUCUCCCCGGAAGACGUCAUCGUCACCACGUCCAACAACCAAAUCGAAGUCCGUGCGGAAAAGUUGGCCCAGGACGGUUCGGUGAUGAACACAUUCACCCACAAGUGUCAGCUGCCCGAGGACGUGGACCCCACCUCUGUGACGUCAUCUCUGGGCGCCGAGGGGACGCUCACGGUUCGGGCGCGGCGACACCCGGCCAAACAUGAGCACGCACAGACCUUCCGCACUGAAAUUAAGAUUUAAACAAUUAUCCACAUUGACACACACACCAUUCUAGUCAUUCAUUCAUUAAUGCUUUUCAUGUAUUAUAAUACUAUAUUAUCAGUUUUGUGAAUAAAAUUCUCCUGCUCUUG